UUUUUUUUUUGUUAUUUUGUAUUUUUCUUUUCUUUUGAUACCAACGCACAAGAAACAUCUAAUGAAAUCUUCUUAUAUUGUUGGUGCGACUAGUUUGACAGGGACAUUUGCUAUUGGAGUCUAUUAUUUUUUACAACAUAGACAAUGGAUUCUAUCAGUGAUUCAACAAUUUGCUCUGGAUAUGCGAACCAAUAUAUAUGGACCCUUUAUUUUGGCUGGUAUCAUUGCUCUUAUGUCAACUCCACCUAUUCUAGGAUUCACUUUUAUGGUGAUGAUGACAGGAUUUGUUUAUGAUUUUCCAAAAGGUCUUUUACCUGCUGUAUCUGGUGCUUUUGUGGGAUCCUUGAUUUGUUUUGGAUUAAUAAGACGUCUUGGAAUGGAUCGUUUUAUUCCUAUGUCAACUUCACAACAAAAGAAAUAUCAAGCAAUGCAAGGAGCUAUACAGGACGGUGGUUGGAAAAUGAUGAUUCUAAUACGCAUAUGUCCCAUUCCAUGGCAAUUCACUAAUAUGUUUCUUUCUUUGAUGCCAACGGUAACUCUUCAAGACUAUAUAUGGACAGGAUUGAUAGCGUCAUGGAAAGUAACGAUUGAAGUAUGGGCAGGAUCUCAAUUAGCGAAUUUAUCUGAUGCAAGCUUACCUCCAUCUGCAAGACGAUUAACACUGAUCACUCUGAUAAUUGGAUUGGUGAUAUUGGCAGGCGUGAUACGAUGGCUCUACCAAUUGACAAUGAGAAAGAUGGAUAAGAUCAAGAAUAGCUAGUAUAGUAGUUUACAUUUCUUUUUCUCUUCCUUGUCAAUAAAUACAUAGGUGGAAUAUCUCUCCUUUUUUUUUUUUUUU